CCAUUGCCCCAAUACCUACGCCACACGUUGUCGCGAUCUGCGCAUAGCUACCUAGGUGCGUCCAGCUAGUUGUAUGCAAGGGUCAAUAAUUUUCGUGUUGCUUGCCUUCUCCUUCCAUCAUCCUUCACGACAUUUAAACUGCGCGGUCCCAACAUCUAGACCAAGAUAUCGUGUCAAUACUAUUCUAAAAUAAUACUUUCAACACGCAGUAAUUGGGAUAAUUGUCAAGAUGGCUGCUCCCGUCGUCACUGUUGGCGAAACGAAGGAGCUUCGAGGCAUGAAUUUGAUCGCCGCCCACUCCCACAUCCGAGGCCUAGGCGUCGAUGCGGACACGCUAGAACCUCGAACCGCGUCGCAAGGGCUUGUUGGUCAGGAAAAGCCUCGCAAAGCAGCUGCCGUCAUAUUAGAGAUGAUCAAGGCUGGGAAGAUUGCUGGUAGGGCCGUGUUGAUUGCCGGUCCUCCGAGCACUGGCAAGACGGCUAUAGCAAUGGGCAUGGCGCAGUCUCUCGGGCCCGACGUUCCAUUCACCAGCCUUGCGUCAUCUGAAAUAUUCUCCCUCGAGAUGUCGAAAACCGAAGCUCUAACACAAGCGUUCCGCAAAUCGAUAGGCGUCCGUAUCAAGGAAGAGUCCGAGAUGAUGGAGGGCGAAGUAGUCGAGAUCCAGAUCGACCGGAGCGUAACGGGAGGCGCGAAGCAGGGAAAACUCACAAUCAAGACAACGGACAUGGAAGCUGUGUACGAUAUGGGAUCGAAGAUGAUUGACGCGAUGACGAAAGAGCGCGUCAUGGCGGGCGACAUAAUAAGCAUCGACAAAAGCAGCGGUAAAAUCACAAAGCUAGGGCGAAGCUACGCGCGUAGUCGCGACUACGACGCCAUGGGCGUUGACACUAAGUUUCUUCAGUGCCCCGACGGCGAGCUCCAGAAGCGAAAAGAGGUCGUUCAUACAGUCACCCUCCAUGAGAUCGACGUCAUCAACUCACGCACACAAGGCUUCUUGGCCCUCUUCAGCGGUGAUACAGGCGAGAUCCGAAGCGAGAUCCGAGAUCAGAUUGACACCAAGGUGGCUGAGUGGAAGGAAGAGGGCAAGGCCGAGAUCGUGCCGGGUGUGCUCUUUAUUGACGAGGUCCACAUGCUGGACAUUGAAUGCUUCAGCUACAUCAACCGAGCGCUCGAGGACGACUUGGCGCCCAUCGUCAUCAUGGCGAGCAACCGAGGCAACUCCAAGAUUCGGGGAACAGACUACCGAAGUCCUCACGGCUUGCCACUUGACUUCCUCGAUCGCGUCGUCAUUAUCCAGACUAAGCCCUAUAGCCCCGAAGAAAUCCAACAAAUCCUGGGAAUCCGCGCUCAAGAGGAGGAGGUCGAUAUCUCGGCGGACGCUCUAGCACUACUCACCAAGAUCGGUCAGGAGACCGGGUUGAGAUACGCUUCAAACCUGAUCACAACAUCACAGCUCGUCUGUAGCAAGCGUAAGGCGCGCCAAGUUACCGUCGACGACGUGCAGCGUUCCUUCAAACUUUUUUACGAUCCAGCUCGCAGCGUUGCCUUCGUCGCGCAGUCCGAGAAGCGACUUAUCGGUGAAAACGGCGCCGUGGACUUCUCCGUCCAGAAUGGACAAAGUGGUGGCGACGCGAUGGAGAUCAGCUAAACUGAUUCG